AUGAUUGGAAGUGUUGAUACUUUAAAGAAUCAAGAAGAGUGUUCAUCGGAUGCAACUCUCGGAACACCAAGUGUGCAGACAGAAAUCACUCCGAAUAAAGAGGAAAAUGCAGUAAAACCAAAUAAUAAAGGAUUGAGGAGGUGGAAAAGUCUGUGGAAUAUUCCUAGACUUAAAAAUCCAAAGGUAGUCAAGGAAACUGAUCAAUUUGAAAAUAUUACAAUGUCUGUUAGUGCUGCUAAUGUAGUGUCGAAUAGUGGAUUUUAUACAAGUGGAUCACCAGUUACAAUAUUUUGGAUUUCUAUUGUAAUGCUAUUUUACAUUGGAUUAUUAAUUAUUGAUUCAUAUUUCAUACCAAUUAUGGGCUGUAUGAUGGGAUUUAGUAUUAAAAGGAAAAAGAUUUUUGUUACUAAUUAUACAAAUUACAUGUAUCUAUCAUGGGAUACUUCUAUUCUGAUGUUAAUUAUCAAAUUAUUAAUUACCAUUGUAACAAUGCUAUUGCUUUCCAUUAUUUGGAUUUCAUAUACUGUAAAGGAGAGUAGAGAUAGAUUGACUGGUUGGUUUGCAUUCUCUGGAUUAAUUCCAAUGAUUGCAUAUAUUCUAGUGAUUGUAUAUCAAGAAGGUUGUGUUAUUCAGGCUGUAUCUAUCUUGGCAGGAAUUCAAAGCAUGCCAGGUCAAACAGUUCAGGUGCCCUUAUAUUCCAAAGACACACAGACAAUUAACCUUCAUCUAUAUUGUGAGGGAGAUUCUGAAAGUGAAGAUGCAGUGCUUCUCGAUUCAGAUAUUGGAGUUGCAUCACCAUAUGCUUAUAUGAAGAGUUUAAUCACUCUGUUGGCAAAGAAGGGAAUGAGAGCUUGUGUGAUUGAGAGAGCAGGAUAUGGAUUCAGCGAUUCGGGACCAUUUCCAAGAGAUUUGAGCAAUACAACAAUGAAUGAAAUGAUUGCACUUGUGAAAGAGGCAUCUUUCAAAACACCAUUCAUUUUGAUUUCACAUUCAAGUGCCUCAUUCACAGCCAGAACAGUCAUGGAAUAUCACAGAAAACUCUUGAGGGGUGUUAUCUUGUUGCAUCCAUCUCAUGAAAAGCAAGAAGAAUCAUUACUGAGAACAUUUGUCAAGAAUGAAACAGUAGAGGAACACUACAAUACUGAAGUAAGCCAUGUGAAUACCAUUAGAAUGCUGGUUCCUAUUGGAAUAUUUCGAGUUUUUGGAUUAUUGGAGGAAAAUGAAAAGGAUAAUUGGUAUGAUAGAUAUUAUAUGAAUGGUGUGAAAAAGUACUUCUAUCCAUCUUUCACUAAUUCAACAUUAUUGAAAAUUUACGAUAGUUGUGUUGUUGUAUUCAACAAGUCUACUACUACAUCUUUGAAAAUGUUCAAUUCAAUUUCAACACCUUCCUCUUCUUCAUCUUCAUCAUCAGAAGGACAACAACAGACUAGAAGGCAUUCCUCCUCUCCGUUACCUCAGCAUCAUCAUCAUGAUGAAGGAAUAACCAAUAUCACUCAACAUCAUGACUCUAUGAUCAUGAUGGAAACCACACUUCCUCCACAAAUUAUUAUCAAUACACACAGUAGUAAUAGUAAUAGCAAUAGUAGUAAUUCUACACCAAGUGGUGAUAGUGAGUCUUGCAAUAGGAGUGAUGGUGUUUCUUUUACUCCAACAUCUGAGAAGGGGUGUCAUGAUACGCACAUUACAUGCAAUUUAAAUAAUAAUCAAAAGAAUACAUCCAAUACAUCCUUACCUGAAGGCCUUUCACCAAUUUCUCUUGGAUUGAGCGACACUGUCGUACGUGUGCCAAAUAAUUCUCAUCCUUUAGAGGAUAAUGCAAUAAUUACAGCAAAAGAGUUGUUGAGAGUUAAAAUAGGAGGUGAAACACAUUCACCACUAUCGGAUAUUGUCGAACAUGGAGAAGGAAGAAAUGAAAUGCAAAAACAUCAUAAAUUCCCCUUUGAUCAUGGCUUUCACAGUACUAACAGCAUUGACUUGGAUGGAUGUUCAACUCGUACCAUUGUAAAAAAACCAAAAAAGAAAACCCUCUUCUCUGUUUUUCAAAAUACUACGGAACAAGCAGAUGAAGAACCAGUUGUAUAUACUUUCUUUGAUUUGGAAAAGCCAACAAAGAAGAAGACUAAAAAGACCAAGAAGGGAAUAAUUGGAGCAAUUUACAAAGUUGCAAUUCUAACAAUAUUAUUUUGUGCAUUAUCCUCCAUAGUAGUGUUUGGAAUUUCAAUGGAUAAUAGUAAUUCUGAUCAAAUAGGAUAUUUUACUGCAGGUUCUCCUACUACUGUUGUGUGGACAAGUGCAUUUCAAAUGGUUUUUUCAUUAACAUUCAUUUUUGAUCUAUUCGGACCUUUAUUUUUAUUGAGAUGGUAUAAGAGGAUUGUAUCUUUUAUUGAAAAGAAAGGACUUAUUAAGGAUAAUUUAACUCGUCAAAUUAAUAUUGACGGAUAUAGCAUGGCUCUCUUUGCGAGAAUAUUUUGGGGAGUACUUAUUUUCAUCUCUAGUUUGAUUAAUUGGGUUUGUUAUGGACUUUAUAGUGAGAAUAGAGAGAGACUUUCUGGUUGGCUUUGCCUGUUUUUUGUCAUCUCUCCAAUUUCAUAUCUUGUAAUUGCAUAUCAUCAAUUCAAGAAAUUUAGAAAAUCAAAUACAAUAAUAUUCGAUUUGAAGGAAGAAAAAUGGUAUGGAGAAGAAAGCUUUUUCAGAACCAGAAUUUGUUGUCGAGUUACAACAGUCAUCAAGCUUCUAGUCUAUACAUUUAUGGCUUUAGUUUGUGCCUUAUUCAUCAUGUUUACAGUCCAAUCAGUUUCGAUAACACAGGAUGAAUAUAAAGUCCCUGGAACCAUGUACAGCAUUAAACCCUCGAGUGCUCAAACACUGAAUAUGCACAUGUAUUGUGAAGGAGAUUCUGAAAGUGAAGAUGCAGUGCUUCUCGAUUCAGAUAUUGGAGUUGCAUCACCAUAUGCUUAUAUGAAGAGUUUAAUCACUCUGUUGGCAAAGAAGGGAAUGAGAGCUUGUGUGAUUGAGAGAGCAGGAUAUGGAUUCAGCGAUUCGGGACCAUUUCCAAGAGAUUUGAGCAAUACAACAAUGAAUGAAAUGAUUGCACUUGUGAAAGAGGCAUCUUUCAAAACACCAUUCAUUUUGAUUUCACAUUCAAGUGCCUCAUUCACAGCCAGAACAGUCAUGGAAUAUCACAGAAAACUCUUGAGGGGUGUUAUCUUGUUGCAUCCAUCUCAUGAAAAGCAAGACACAUAUCAUCUUGGUAGUGUGUAUAAUUUAACUGAUACUCAAAUAAGCAAUAUGUUAGAAGAGAAAGCCUAUAUGGCCAAUACCAUUAGAUUCGUAACACCUAUUGGAUUUACUAGAUAUUUCUCAAAUUAUUUCUAUCAAAAACUCCCUUCCACCUUAGGAACAAUCCAUGAACGAUAUUACUUGAAUGGCUGGAAGACGUAUUUUUCAUCUUUCCCAAAUUCAACAGCUGUUCAACUUUUACUGAAAUACAACCAACAUACAACAAAUAUCAACAAGUUCAAUAAUGCUGUUUGGGGUGAGCUUGAUGACAUGAAAAAUACGACAGGCAAUAUUAUAAAUAUUAGAGCAAAGAGACAGCAAUUCCAUUCUUCAAAUUCAACAAUUAUUCCAGUCAGUAUACUCACAUCAAAGAAAUUACUUUAUGGAUCUUGCGAGGACAAUUACCUUUCUUUUGGAACAGCUCUAUGCAAUGAUUUUCUUAUUUAUCAACAAGAACGUGCAAACGCCUUUUUAUCAAUGCACCAAGAUUUAGCUACCUACUACAAUUCCACCAAAAUGGCAUGGAAGAUAAUUGAUGCAGAUUUUGAUAUGGCUCUUACCAGUCCAAAUCUAAUUAAUAAUAGAAAGCUGGUUCCGUUUGAAAAUUUGGAAAGGGAGGAAACACCAGCUAAACCUUCGUAUACUUGCUUUGGAAAGGGAUAUAACGUGCCAACUGUUUGCUCAGGGAAUGGUGUAUGUAGUUCGCAAGAUGUGUGUGAUUGUCAGAGUCCGUAUGUUGGAUUAAAUUGUGAUGUUAAUCCUUCGACAACAAUUAAUAGAUCAUGGUUUAAUUUGCAAGUGGAUAGUUCUGUCUUAUUGUUGAAACAAACAAACUUGGAUGCAUGGGUGGAUGUGAGCAAAUUGGCUCAGGACAAGUUUUCUGAUUUAAUAUUUCGUUUUGGAUUGUAUAAUAGUAGCGGAUUGAUUGCAGAGAGAUUGGAAUCGAAUAUUUCUACUUGGAGUGUUGGAGCUGCCACUUUUGAACUUGGUGAUUACUUUGUGAAUGCCACAGUAUUUGAAACAAAGUAUAAUUAUACGAAAUUAUUCAAUGCAAAAUUUGAUUUUAUGGUACUUGAUUUGAAUAGUUUGAGUGUUUCUGAUUUGAAACAUUUGUCAACUCGUAAUUUGAAAGAUAUUACAGAAAAUAUGGGAAAGAAGAACAAGACUGAAAUUAAGAAUAUUGUUAAAGAAGCAUCAAAUAGAUCAAUCAAAUCUAUAUUCGAGGCAAAGGAUGUUUCUACAAUUUAUUUGAUUAGUUCUUAUGAAAAUAGGAAUUCAACUGAUGAAGAACUAUCUCUCCUUGUAGGAGCCGGUGUUUCAAAUCUGACUGCUACAUUACUAGAUGAAGUGAAAGCCAAUAUUUUCAAUGAAUCCUUCUUUGUAGAAGGUGUAUUGAAUGAUUGCUUUAAUAUUUCCUCGAACUUGUUGUCAGUUCCAGUCAUAUCAGAUUCCAACAGACAUGAAUCAAAUAUUCAAACCACACUUAUGGAAGCUGUAUCCACUCUCUCCCUGAUAAGGUCUGAUAGAAAAUUGGUUAGGGUUGCUCUUGAAUUAUUUGAAGUAAUAGUUACCAAUCAAACAAGCUUCACCUCUGGAGUUUCUAUAUCCAUACCAGACUCUGUAAAAAAUAUUGGAAAUGAUGUUUCAUUUGGUGUUAUUAAUUAUAAUAUUGGUGUAUGGUUUUCAACUGAAAAUAAUACCAAUCCAAACAUUACUUCCAUAAGUAACGUGAUGAGUUUUAAAACAUUCAUUGGUGGAAACUAUGUGCCUCUGAGCGGAUUGCCAAAUGCUCUCGAGUUUGUUUUCAACACACAAAAUGUGGAUACUAUAAGCUUAGCAGGCUUCAAUGAAAGUCUAUACUCAAAGAACGUUAGUUGUAGAUAUUGGAACACUGUCACAAAGGUUUGGGACAAUUACGGAUGCAGUGCAGUUGUAUUGGGAAAUUAUCAAGUACAAUGUCGUUGUGACCAUACUACUAGCUUCUCUGCCUUCCUGGAGUAUAUUCCUAUUUCACAACUAGUUAGCCCUGAUACUAAUUUGAAAAAGAUUUCAGCAAUUGAUAGUGGAUUAAUGAUUGUCAAAAUUGUAAUAUCAUCCUUAUUUUUGAUUAGUAUUUGUGCUGUAGUGGUUGGAUUAAUAAUUUUCAGAAACAAGCAACCCGUAAAGAGUAGACAAUUCUUCCCUUACAUUGGCCUUGCAAGUUUAUUCAUUUGGUUGGCCUUUACAAUUGCAUCGAAUGGCGCCAAAUUGGGAUCUAGUCCACCACAAGGUCCCUCAAGCAGUAGCCCUACUUCAAUAGUUAACAAUAUCCAAGUGGUUGUCACAUCCAGUUUAGUAUCUAUUUCUGUUUGCUGCUAUCUGUUCGUGUGUCUCAGAUACAUGUUUUACAGAUACUAUUAUGAGUGGAUGACAUUUGUUGAUUCCAAGAACAAGGGAAGUAUUGGAAGGAAAUGGAUCCAUACGCUCAAGAGUAAUGCCUUUCUAUUUGGAUUAUUGGCUAUUAUUGGUGUUAUUAUUGCUCUUUACUUUGUAUUGUUAGUCAUUCUUAGAGCCACAGAGGUAUUUGAUGCCAGACAGUACUCAUUAGCAGGGUCCAUAUCUCAUUUCCUGAUAAUGAUUUCACUCAUGGCCUGUGUGAUUACAGUUUUUGUUGUAGAUUUGCGCUUGGAUUUUAGAUCUAAACAAAUAUCAGAUGAAAUGUGUGAUAUCAGUGAUGAAAUUACAUCUAUGGAGAAUGAAACUACUGGUGGUACUGCCACUGAAUCUUCAACAAAGAACCAAGUUCACAAAUUGAAAAAUUUAUUUGGUAAAAAUACAACUCCAUCAAAGAUAUACCACUACUGGAUUACAAACGACCGAUUAUUGUUUAGAGUAGACGCAGUUAUCUAUACUAUUGGAAUGCUAUUUUUCAUCGCCUCAUAUAUUGUAGGAUUUAGAAGUCUUGAUUUUAGGUACAAUACUGGGUUGACAGAGGUGCAGGUGUAUCAAUUAUUGACUCUUGAUUCCUUGAGCUAUACAUUUGAAAUAUUAAUGACUUGUUGCUUUAUUGGAGUUUAUGGAGGUGUGGCAGUCGUUGCCUCUUUGUAUUCAAAAUAUGCUACUAGCAAAAUUAAGGUAAUGGAAACAAGGAUUAGAAAUUCAAAGACAGAAUUUGCAGAAAUUUACUCUUUGAUUGAGUCGCAACAUUUAAUGAAGAUUUUCAAAGCAUUUUGCAAGUCUGAGUUUUCAUUGGAGAAUCUAUCCCUUUGGCUUAGAACAUUCCAAGCUAAAAAAUAUCAAGAAAUGUGGGUUAACAAUUCUGAGGAGUCCAUCAAAACUUGGCCAGACUUUAAAAAAGAAGUAUUGGAGUGGAAAUACUUGUACAUUCAAAACGGAAGUCCAAUGACUGUAAAUAUUUCUGCCAGAACUCGUGUUUCCUUCGAGCACUGGUGUACUCAAAUUGAAGUUUUGGAUUUUGAUUCUAUUGACAAGAACGAAUUAAGUUCAAUAAUGGAUAAUUUGGAAAUUGAAUUAAUUUACAAUUUACUUGAUACCUAUAGCAGAUUCCACAUCUCAGAGCCAUUCAAGAUUAUCAAGAACUGCACAGAAGGAAGAGAGACCUUUUCAGGAGGAAUGUUCAAAGGUCUUUAA